AUGAUUGGUGGUAGUAGUGCCUCAAGUGCUCUGCAGAGAAAAUCUCUCAAUUUAAUUUAUUAUUGUUCAAUUGCUUUAUUCGGUUUGAUCUUCAUAUUGUUGGCAUCAUGGGGUGCAUAUCGACUACAAUUAGCUGGAAAAGGAAAGCCCAUCGUUCAAGAUGAAUUUCCAUACCGUUUACCUGAUCAUCUCUCUCCAAUACAUUAUGAUAUUGAGUUAGAACUUCAAUCCGAUAAAGACAGUACAUUCAACGGACGAGUAUCGAUUGAUCUCAAGGUUAACGAAGCAACUAAAACCGUCGUUUUGAGCGCAGAAGAGUUGCAAUUUGUCGCCUUGCUCAAAGCAAAUGCAGAUCAAAAGAGUGAGCAUAACAAAACAGGAAUUGUACCUGCUGUGAAUGGCAAGAUUGAAGGAGUUUCACUUGUGAAUUCCAAGACCAAUGUAGCCAUCGAGCUGACAGGCUUUUCCACAGCUGAUUUGGUCAAGUACAGAAAGAUUCAAGUGUAUUCCAAACAGACUCUGGAAAAGAAUGGUCAAUAUCGCUUGACUAUCGAUUACGUUGGAUUGAUUCGAAAUGACAUGAGAGGUUUUUAUCAAAGCAAAGCAGCGGAUGGAUCUAUUGUUUUAUCGACACAAAUGGAAUCUGAAGACGGAAGGGCUGCAAUUCCACUAUUUGAUGAACCAAAGUUUAAGGCAUCUUUCCAAAUGACGAUCACAACCCCUGUUAAAAACGACAAGACUCGAAUUUUAUUUAACACAGAUGAAAUUAGUAGAAGCACACUUCCAGAUGGAAGAGUUAAGGUGAAGUUUGACAAGUCACCCCUCAUGUCCUCUUAUUUGAUAGCUUUUGUGAUUGGUCAAUACGAUUAUAUUGAGAAAUCAGCUGAUGGUAUUCGACACCGAAUUUAUACCCCAGUCGGAAAAGCAGAGCAAGGAAGAGAUGCUCUAGAGGCAGCUGUAAAAAUUACCAAGUUCUUCACUGAUCUCUAUGGAGUCAAGUAUCCAAUUAACAAGAUGGAUCAAAUUACCAUUCCUUCGUUCGCAAGUGGAGCAAUGGAAAAUUGGGGCUUAAUAACUUAUAGAGAGACAUAUUUACUGUUUGACAAUGCUACUGCGUCACAAUCGGAUAAGGAGAACGGUAUUGAAGUUGUUUCUCAUGAAAUUAGUCAUCAAUGGAACGGUAAUAUUAUCACUUGCGCUUAUUGGACUCAACUCUAUUUGAAUGAAGGUUUCGCAACCUUUAUGGAAACUUAUGCGCUUGAUAAAACCUACCCAUCAUGGAAGAGAGGCCUUAAAAAGCUCACCAACAGUGUGAUCUAUGCUGCCGAUGCUGACUCUGUAGCUAGCUCAGAUCCCAUUGUUCGAGAAUACAAAAAGAUUCAGUCGAAGGAUGAAAUUGAUGGUCUUUUCAAUUCUAUUACGUACGAUAAGGGAGGAGCUAUUUUGAGCAUGUUCUUUAAUUAUUUAGGUGAAGAGACCUUUGUGAAAUGGAUGAGGGCUUAUUUCUCCAAGUACCAAUACACGAACACUAACACCACUCAAUUACUAGAUCUUAUUCCAGUUUCAGAUGUUAAAGGAACAGCUGAAAAAUUCUCCACAUGGCUCUAUCAGGCUGGAAUGCCAAUUAUCAACGUGGUCAAAGAAGCAGAUGGAUCAUUGACUCUGACACAGAAACGAUUCUUUUCCUAUGCCAACUCUUCUCAAGUCGAUCAAUUCAAAAACAGCAAAUGGUGGAUUCCUUUGACCUAUGUGACAGAAAUGGAUGAUGAUGCUCCAGUGAAAAGAAUUGAAUUUCCUUCUUCACAGGCCACUUUAAAAAUUACGGAUAAGGCUGUGAAAUUUAAUCACCACAAACACGGUUUCUAUCGUGUGAAUUAUCCAAAGAGCAUGUGGACUGAUUUAAUUUCCAAUAUCAAAGAAUUCGACACACAGGAUCGAUUUGACUUGUUCAAUGACCUCUUCUCCAUUGCAACCUCCACAGUUGAAACCAUUGAGUCUUCUCUCAUGUUUGAAAUGUUACUCGCAUUGAAGGAAGAUGAAACGAGCAUCUUGUGGGAAAGCAUGUAUCAAUCGGUUCUCAAAUUGAAUCAAUUAUUGGCAGGCGAGAGUGUUUCUCUCUCUUUCAACCGAAUGGUAUUGGAUUUGGUUCAAAAACAAUAUGAGAAAAUUGGAUGGGAAAAUCAUGGUAAUGACGAUGAUGAUCAGGAUGUAGCAGAACAGAAGGAGGUUCGUCCUUUCAUUUUGAAUUUGGCAUGUCGUUUCGGAAAUGUGGAUUGCAUCGAUCAAGCUCUGAAACGUUAUCAUGAAAGAAACACGACAGCGAUUCCUCCUGAGUUGCGUAACGUAGUAUAUCGAACAGUGGUUUCUAAGGGUGGAGAACGAGAAUAUUAUCAAGUCUUGGAACAAUUCAAAGCAGAGCAAGAUUCUGUGAAAGAACCAAACUCAUAUGUUGCUUGGAAUUUUGUACGAUCACGUUAUGAUGCGAUUUUGAGCAAGUGUGGUCAAGAUCAAGUGAGCAACAGACUUGUAUUCGGAGUUGGAUCGCUUUUCAAUAAUUUACACAACAAGCAAGAUAUAGAAACCUUCUUUGGACCUCGUUUGCAAAGUAUUAGUUUGAUGCAUUAUAGAAAUACCUUAGAAGCCAUUGACAAGAAUGCAAAAUUCUUAGAAAAGCAUCUUGCUUUCAUCGACUCGUAUUUGAAAAACAAAUAUCCAGCCACCUUUUAG